AUGGGAUUCAAUUAUUAUCUCAAAUAUGUUGCACAAAGUUCAUUUUAUUGGUCAGGCAAGAAUAUUCAACUACCUCGAUCGUCAAUAAUUCCAUUAUCUACACCGAUUCAAAUUGUUGUCAAUGAUUUUUUUCGUUGGUAUGGUAAUCCAUGUACAUUUAGUUAUUCAGCUGUAUUUUGGAAUUUUUCCAGAUGGGAAAAAGAGAUUGAUUGGAUGGCUAUGAACGGUAUCAAUUUAGUGUAUGCAACAACUGGAAUGGAAUAUAUUUUUACUAAAGUCUUUCUACGAAUGGGCUUCACUCAAUCAGAAUUAGAUGAUUAUUUCACAGGUCCAGCCUUUUUAGCUUGGCAUCGUAUGGGUAAUCUUCAAAAGCAUGCUGGUCCAUUGUCACGAAAAUGGCAUGAAUCGCAAUUUGAACUUGCUAAAAAAAUAAUUCAAAGAAUGACUGAUAUUGGAAUCAUUCCAGUUCUACCUGCUUUUACUGGCUUCAUGCCUCGUAGUGCACCUAAUCUUAAUAGUCAUACAGUUAUUUCUCUCAACGUAACUUCACAUUACUAUGCUUGUGAUCUAUUCAAUGAGAUGACACCACCAGUUAGUGAUCUCAAUUAUUUGGCUGAUGUCAAUGCUGGUAUUUUUCAAACUAUGAAAACAGUUGAUCCUAAAGCUGUUUGGGUAAUGCAAGCUUGGUUAUUUCUUGAAGACUUUUGGACACCUGAUCGUGUUGAAAGUUACUUGAGCAAAGUUCCUCAAGGUAAUCUUAUUUUAUUGGAUCUCUUCUCUGAAGCUGCACCACAAUAUUCACGUUUUCAAUCAUUCUAUGGACAUUUUUAUAUAUGGAAUAUGUUACAUGAUUUUGGUGGUAAUAAUUAUUUGUUCGGUUCUCUUGUUAAUGUUACAAAUGGACCACAAGCUGCUCGUGACUAUUCAGGUUCAUAUAUGAUUGGUGUUGGUAUCACAAUGGAAGGUAUAAAUCAAAACGAAAUUAUGUAUGAAUUUGCACUUGAGCAAUCAUGGCGCGCUCCAUUGAACGACAGUGAAUUAAGUGAAUGGUUAGUCAAUUUUGUCUUACGCCGGUAUGCAAGUAAAGAUGCAAUACCUGCCUCUGCACUGUACGCAUGGCAAGUAUUAGGAAAUUCAGUUUAUCAGGAAAAUCCACAUGGUGCUCAUUCAUUAAUGUUACACAGACCAGCACUUGAUAAAAGUCAAGCUAUUCAUUUUGAUCUCAAAUCUCUAUUUUUCGCUUGGGAACUAUUAGUUGAUGCAUCAAAUGAACUUGAUUCGGAUUUAUUCCGAUAUGAUCUAGUAGAUAUUACUAAAGAAGUACUACAAUAUAAAUUUGUAAUGGAUUAUACUCAAUUGAUAGAUGCUUUUAAUCGAAGUGAUCUCUACGGAGUUAGUACUCAAGCAGCUAUUCUUGUUGACAUUUUGGCUGAUAUGGAAAUAAUAUUAGCUUCAGAUCGUCGUUUUCUAUUAGGUAAUUGGAUUAGUGAUGCAUUACAAUUUGCAAUCAACGAAGAAGAAAUUCAUUUUUAUAAUUUUAAUGCUAAACUUCAAGUAUCCAUUUGGGGAACUAAUUAUACAUUAGGACUAUUUGAUUAUGCAAGUAAAUUUUGGUCUGGAAUGAUUCAAGAUUAUUAUGCUCCUCGAUGGUAUGUAUUCUUCGAUGUGUUACUUAAAAGUCUUGUCGAAGGCCAUCCAAUUGAUAAUCGUGUUUUGAACAAACGUUUAUUUCUCGAAGCUGAAUUGCCAUUUUUUAUGUUAGAUACGAAGUAUUAUCCAACAACUACACAAGGUGAUUCAAUUAUGAUUGCUCGUGAAUUAUUCAAGAAAUAUCGAUUGUCAUUGAGCACCAUUAAGAUGCCACGAAGCUCUUCAAAACAACAACUUCCAUUUAAGCAUUAUUUUAAUUAA